AUGUCGCUGUCGCAAGAGAGUCUUAGCUCUGCCGUUUCGUCCGCCGGCUUCUCUACUUUUGCCGAGGCAAAAUUAUCCUUGCAGGCUACUCUCGCAAGCUACCAAGUGCUAAACACCGGCGACGAUACGAAGAAGUUCCUCGGGACUUGCUUCAAAUACCUUCCCCCAGCUGGACAGGUCAAUUUGUCAGAGGAUGUUUCCGGCUGCCGCAAUGACAAUGAACUCCGCCAGCUAGCCGCCAGCAUUGAUACUAGCUUGCUACGCCCUCUUCUGUAUAAGGGUGGGAAGACCCCUGUCAUCACUCCAUCCCCCCGUAUCGACUUUGACGAUUCGGUUGAAAACCUCAACUCCCUCGAGAACACACCAGCAAGUCGAAAUGACCAAGACCGACUUCGCCGAAACUGUCUUAGACGAGAUGGAUAUCGGUGUGCUAUUACGGGGAGCUGGAGCUCUACUCACGACCCUCCCCCUGACGAACCAAUCGGUAUUUUGCAGGCCGUUCACAUUCUUCCGUUCGCCCUUGGCAGUUUCACGAAUGAGGAUGAAAGAGGGCGAACCUCUGAGGUAUGGGUAAACAUUUUCCGUUACUUUCCAAGCCUGCUGUCCACCCUCAAUAUGUCACCCGAAGAUGUGAACCAAGAGAACAAUAUCAUGAUGAUGAUCACCCCCCUUCAUGAAGAGUUCGGACUCUUCCACUUUGUGCUUGAGGACACUCCGACUCCCAAUCGCUACCAUGUCAAAUUAUUUCCACGCUUCGCAUCUAUUUAUACACCGUUGUUACCCAGCAACAGGGUUAUAACAUUGACUAGCCACGACCAUCGCUUUCAUCUUCCUGAAGCCAAGUACCUACAGUUACAUGCUGCCAUUGGCAACAUCUUGCAUGCAAGUGGCCGGGCAGAAAGCAUUGAAAGGCUCAUACAGGAUCUAGGAGAGACAGGCGGUUCAGUAUUGUCAAAGGAUGGCAGUACGAAUAUCAGCGAUCUGCUCUCGGUCAGCCAGCUUUCGCUGCUAGCCUCAAAUUCGUAA